CAUUAUGCCUGUUCAAAAUUAAAGUUCCUGCCGUGGGAGCAGCUCGGUGUUUCAUCCUGUCGCUCAGUUUUUAAAGUUUAAUACUUAAUAAAUUGGAUUAAAACAAAUAAAGGCAUCAAAUGUGAAGAUGAGUGUGGAAGUGGAAAGAAAAUUUUUAUGCAGUGAAGACACCCUAAAAAUACUUGAGAAGAUUGGAGUUUGCAUUGGCCAGCGUGAGUUUCAGGACCAGUAUUUUGACUCUCCUGGGUUUGAGCUGACUUUGAGAGAUUUCUGGCUGCGCAAACGGAAAGGAUGCUGGGAGUUGAAGUGCCCGAUCUCAACAGGAGAGCCGAGCGAAGAGCAAUCUCUGGCAGCAAAGCUGUGUACCCAGUACAAGGAGAUAACCAAUCUGCCUGAAAUUCAGCAGAGAGUGAAGAAGGUCAUAAAAGGCACAUGUGGAGACCGAGACACAGAGACCGCCUCCUUACAGGAAGAUGAGCUGUGGCUGAGACAACUCAAUCUGGUAUGCUUUGCAGAGUUUACAACAGUGCGCCGGUCAUUCACUUUAGAGGAGGGGGUGCAGAUAGAUCUGGACCAGGCUGACUUUGGUUAUCACGUGGGAGAGAUAGAGGUCCUCAUACCAGAAGGAGGUGAUGUGCAUUCUGCUCAAGAGAAGAUCAGAAAUGCCGCUCAAAAACUGGGCCUUAAUGGGGAUGAGCGAGUGGAAGGAAAAAUGAAUGUUUAUCUUAAAAGAUAUCACCCAGAGCACUACGCAAAGCUUCUAAGUGCACAUGUUUUGUAAACAUUAUGCACUAAAUAAUUAUUAGCUUUGGUUAAUCAUUAAAAAUGUGAAAUGUAUGUUUGGUAAAUAAAUUAACCUAAGAUAACUGAAUUUGAAAACUCUUCUAUGGGAAAGAACAUCUCAGUUAAUCUGAUAUAGUGAUUCCUCAGGAAUAAGAUUCAAGCUGUUAUGACUGUUUAACUUGGUGUUAAACGACAUCUUACUGUGCAUCACUGUGGGUUGUCUGGUCACUUUAAGAUGAACAAAAUUCUAAUUAAUAAACCUGUGUUUCUGACUGUU